AUGCUCGGGCCAUUUCAGUUUGUGAAGAUCGCUGGGCCAUUCUUGUUCAUCAUCUGGUCGAUCUGGUAUCUGGGAAUCUCACGCCAGCAGGUUCAUGAGCUCGCUCGAAACUUCCGCACGCAGAGGGACCUUUUUGUCGCCGACUUUCUCGAACACGAAAUUGAUGGAAAAUUCAAUGGAUCGGCCAUCACCAACCUCUGCAUGAGCAAAAAAUGGUCGCCCGGCUUGGUUAUGAGCUGCGAUGCCGUACAUGCUGGUAUCGGUGUCGUACGCAAUGCAUAUCUGCAUUGCAUACGCUUUGCCAUUGAGACAGGAGCUGAGCUGAUUCUACCCCAAAUCACACCUCGCUCGCCAGAAAACCUACAAGAUAUUGUGUCGAAGCCCGGGGUGCCCAUCGACUACUUCUUCGACUCCGAUCACCUCCAUCAUGUCCUCUCCACAUACUGCCCUCAGAUGAAGGUUUACGAGUCGCUGGACGAACUCUACGACGUCCCCGGUGUUAUGAAUGCCUUCGCAUUCGAUAUGGGCGUCUUUGUCAAAGAAUGGGUCAAUGGCACUGUCCUAGCGAAUCCCAAGGGCUGGAACAAAAGUUUCCGCGACUGGUUGGACACGCAGUCGCCGCCGGCAACAAGGGAGUAUCCUCUCCGCGUCCACCUGAAGCACACGCUCUGGGUGUGGCCAACGGCAAAUGACACUGCCGCGGUGGCCUCAUCCUUUGGACGUAUUCUGCGUAUUCGGCAAGAUGCUCGACGGCUCGCCGCAUCGGCGCUCUUCUCACUUGCGCACCGUUUCAGGCUUAAUCUCGACCCGCGCACGCGGUACCACCCGGAGAGCUUCGUCGGGAUUCACUUGCGCACCGAGGAAGACAUUACCGGAGGGGGCUUUCCAGAUUAUAUCACGCAGGCUGCGGAUUACUUCCACUUCCUGUCGGACUGCAGCGCCCCUGUUGCUUACCUUGCAUCCGGGGCGACCGAUGCCAACGUCACGGCCUUUGCAGAACGUGCCGAAGAUUUCAAUGUAACGGUCGUCACCAAGGGCGACAUUCUUGAUGCGCAGGAGAUGAAGGAGCUGGAAGCGUUCACGUGGGAUCAACGCAGUCUGGUGGACUACGAGAUCAUGCUCCGGGCCGGGCUGGUGGCAGGCAUCGGCAAGAGCAGCUUUGCGUGGAAUCUGGCACUGCGGCGGUCAUAUGCCUUCGGAGACGGCCCUCAGGCGGUACCGCAUCCGCUCGGGGAUACAAUUGCUUGGAAAGACGAGUUCACGACGCUGUACGGGAAACAUGAAGCUCGCGAGGACGCCAUGAGGUCGACGAUAUGGCCAUGA